AUGGACCUCGCAAACCUCAUAAGCCAACCGGCUCCUCUCCCCGCCUUGACGGUCAAGGCUAGAGCUUCCUACAGCCCUCCUGCCUUCGAACCUGGCUCUUUCUACCCUUCCGCAUCAACCUCCUACACACGCGCACAAGCUCCGCUGUCGCCGCCGGUGGAGGACAACGCUACUCGCUGCUCGCUCCCCUCUAUCUCCUCGCUCCUAGACAGCGCAGAUGGCGCCGCAACACAUGCCCCAAAGCGCCAGAGACUCAGCUCUCCCACUCACCGAGAGAUGGACGCUCGCGCAUCGUUCGACAAGGCUACAUCAGCUGCCCCUCCAGUCCGCCUCCCACCCACUCCACCAUUGCGCCCCGGCUCUGGCUUUCACAGUACCGGUCACUCGCCCGCAAGCUCAAUAUCGGGGACACACCAAGUGAUUCAGACUGAGUACCCGCAACCACCGGUCACUCUUCCUAGCCCAGCCGACAGAUCGUCAAUUUCAAGCCAAGGUUCCAACCACCAUGUACCUUACGCUUCGCCGGCUCCCAGCGUUGCUACAUACUCAUCCCCUAUCGAGCCCUCUCCGUCAGCAAUGUACUACCAGCGACCACCGUCGGCCAACGCAUACAGUGCCCCUACACCAGCAGCGCACCAGCCUAUGAUCUCACCCGUUACACCAGCGUGGCAGCACCACCACUACUUCCCUCCAUCCACGGCUGCGCCAUACCAGCAAAAUCAGGACCGAUACAUCUGUCGCACAUGCCACAAGGCCUUCUCGCGGCCUUCGAGUCUUCGCAUCCACUCUCAUAGCCACACCGGCGAAAAGCCCUUCCGGUGUACACACGCUGGAUGCGGCAAGGCAUUCAGCGUGAGGAGUAACAUGAAGCGCCACGAACGCGGCUGUCACACUGCUCGUGCAGUGGCUGCUGCCAUCGUAUGA